AUGCAGGUGUUAAGGCCUGAGGUCUCAUUCAAAACAGCUGAGGCCAAACUUGCCAAAGUUGUGGCUACAGGAGAGUCAAUCCUCAGCCAGGCGGAAGCAACAGAAGAGCGGAAGAAAGUUAUACAACACCAAACGUCAUGCCUCGCCAUGAUUCAUAGACCACGCGACGUUCUCUCCAAGGUCGAGUGUAAUACACUCAGGGAAGUUAGAGCUGAUGACCUGGUUAUCGUGCAUGUGGACAAGGGGACCUGGCAGUCGAGACCAUCAAAGUACUCCUAUGAAACAAAUACGAUGAAAGGGGGAAUCACCUCGCCCACGCCCAAAUCCUCCAACUCUUCAAGUUCUCAAGCUCUCCAAGUUCUCCAAGUUCCAAGUUCUCAAGUUCUUCAAGUUCUCCAACUCUCAAGUUCUGUCUCACCACUUUCCGGGCUCAUAGCCGAGGCGGUCUUGUAA